CUUCACACAGUUUGUAUCAUAAGUGAGUGAAGGGAGCGGCGUCCCUCAGACAAUCCGGGCAGCUUUUGCGCUUAGAGUUCCAACUGUAAGCAACUCUCCAUUGUUUGUCGGUGGUCUGUGUUUCUUCUUGUUUUUGCUCGAAAAACCAACAAAAAUAACUAGACAGCCGUCAGAGAAACUUUGUUAAGUGCGAGUGCAGAGCAGGUGGCCAGGAACAGCGGCCGUGAUGAGAGCGCACGGAUGGAGGGCUGCGCGCAUCGGCUUCUACUUUUGCGCAUUUUAUGCGCUUUUAUGCACUGAGCUUGUCCCGACGGCUGAAGCCGGCUGCAGGGAGAGGGAGAGCCAGAACUGCUGCCCCGGCCGGGACAACAAAUGUUUAGAGCGCACAAGGAGAAACACUGUGUGCUACUGCGACAGCUACUGUCAAAAAACCAGGGACUGCUGCGAGGAUUACCAAGACGUCUGCCUGAUAUCUGCAGCCAUCGACUGUGUGGUUGGAUCUUGGGGUCCCUGGUCUUCAUGUUCCUCUCCGUGUGGAGUUGGCAGCAAGGAGAGGACUCGUUUAGUGUCUGUUCCUCCGAGAAAUGGGGGCACACCGUGUCCAGAUCUCAGACAGAGACGAGGAUGCUUUGGAAACAACGUGAUAUGUGACAACGCCAAAGAGGUAGCAAAGAUCCUGCCUGAUUCUUUCAAGAGGACCUUUAAGGACCCUUGGAGGAGACCACACAUGCGGAUGAAGGAGGAGAAGAACGGCUACUGUGUGUAUCUGAGGGUGAAACAGGCCAGUCCUGGAUGCAGACUCAAGCUUUGGAGUGCUCAACUGGUGCAAGAGAGGCUGAUCUGUGCAGAGUGUCAAAGUGAUGCCAUGUCAAAGUCUGAUCGCUGUGCAGGAGAUGGCCUGAAGGAUGUUAGAACCUUCUGGACUGCAGCCUCAGCUCCGGGAUGCCAUGGUUCCUGGGUUCGAGAACUGUCUUCUGAACCCUGCCGUUGUCCUCCUUACUCUGUCCUCUUUGUUUGAGUCGCUCUGGUUGCCUUCAGAGAGCCUCUUCAAACCCAGCAGAGCACUGCCAGCCAAACCAGGCCCUUCUGUCCUGAAUCCCGGAAAGACAACUCAUGGAAAUCAGUUGCAUCCUGCCACUUCUCAUCUCAUACUUUGUGUUAUAUACCUAAAAGUUAAGCUUAAAGAAGUUAAUGCAUUUCUUCAGUUCCAAUUUAUAAGCCACAUUUCUGCAUGUCAAAACCACUGCAAAGUCUACAUCUUUUUACCUCUGAAUCUUUGCUAUCUACCUCCAUCAAUGCAAAUGUCUGCUAAUGGAUGAUGUAUAAAUCUAAAAAGAAAUGUGCGUUUUGAUUCUUAUAUUUUAUACUUAUGGUGGAUUCUGUGUACUGUAUAUGUACUCUGUUUUGUCAAAACUACAAUAAACAAUGAUCCAAAGAGCUCUUAAACACAUGUAUGCUGCAGAGACUGUAAACACUGAUUAAAAUAUAUGCAUAUUUUUACAAUUUAAGUUCCAGUGACAUUUCAUAAAUAAUAAGAUUAAUAUUAAGGAUUGAUCAAUUAGGUUUCUUUGUUUAUGUCACUUAUAAGUCGCCACCUUCUUAUUUUUAUGAACUCUGCAUGAUGGCUUUUGUGUAAAUGGGACACUCCAAGCAUGAUCAGGAUCAGAAUUUUUAAUACUAAGUAAAUUAAGAAAA